GAUUCCUUUGGAAAGCUUUUUAAUGACAUUCCACUGAUCUGAAAUUUUUUGCUUGAGGUUGACUUCAAUAAAUCGUUCUGAAUGUUCCAAGGCUGAGAUGAGUCAGUUCCGUCUCGGGGCGGGGCGGGUGAAUAACGGGACUCGGUUCCUCCUCCGGGCAGAGCCACGCUCGCUCCUCCCCGGAGCAGUGGCCAUGCGGCGAGCGGAGCUGGCGACCGAGACCGCGCUGCGGGUGCUGCUGCUCGCCACCUUCGGGAUCAUGGAGUUCGUGCCGCCCUUCCAGCGCGUGGUGCAGCCYGAGGAGAUGUGGCUCUACAAAAACCCCUACGUGGAGGUGGAUCGUGUUCCCACAGUGCUCAUGUUUUUCAUCGCAUUUCUGUCUCCCUUGCUGCUCAUCAUCCUGGCCAGGCUGUUCCUGAGCGCCGACCGUGAGGACACGCGGGAAGCCUGCCUUGCUGCCAGCCUUGCUCUUGCCCUGAACGGGGUUUUCACAAACGCCCUGAAGCUCGUGGUGGGGAGGCCAAGGCCUGACUUCUUCUACCGCUGCUUCCCGGACGGCCGAGCCAACGCYGAGCUGGAGUGCACAGGGGACACCCAGAGGGUGACAGAGGGACGGAAAAGCUUCCCCAGUGGACAUGCAUCCUUUGCCUUUGCUGGUCUCACCUUCUCUGCCCUGUACCUGGCAGGAAAGCUGCACAGCUUUGUUCCAGGCAGGGGGGGCCGUGCCCUGCGUCUCUGUGCCUUCCUCCUGCCACUCUUCCUCGCCACCCUCAUCGCCCUGUCCCGUACCUGUGACUACAAACACCACUGGCAAGAUGUGUUGGUUGGCUCAGCCAUGGGCCUGCUGCUCGCCUACCUGUGCUACAGGCARUACUACCCUCCCCUGGCAGACCCCAUGUGCCACAAACCAUCUCUGUGCAAGCCCAAAGCGCUGCCAGCACACGAGGAGAAGCCUCCAGCCCCCAAUUUCCACCUGAACGUUUAGGCUGGGCUCUGCUGGGCUCUGGGCCCGGCUUUGGGGAGCUGCUCCCAGAGGAGGCUCUGCURAGGAUGGGGCCCUGCAGGGCUGGUGAGUUCCUGUCCAGGCUCUUGUGUUGCUUCUUUUAAUUUUGUGCACCACCCCCUCUUCAGGCCCCCUGAGAAGGAGGGAGGUGCCAACCUGCAGGAAAACUGUUGGGGUGUGAAGGACCUGAACCACAACUGGGAAAAUGUGAGGACUCAGCAUGCCCAGUCUGGUGUCCAGUCCAGGAGGCUCCACUGGGCACCUCCCUGUGCUCCAGCCUGGCUGUUCCAGCUCUUCUCCACAAAAUGAAGUGUAGGACCUGCCAGCCUYGAGGUUUUUCUAUUUCCCAAAUAAAGGAGUUUAAUUUUUUUAAU